AUGCCGCGCACCACCACCGCCCUCGUCCUCACCGCCAUCAAAGGCCCCUUCGAGCUCCGCGAAAUCCACCUCAACGCCAUCAACCCGGACGAAGCCCUCGUCGAAAUCCACGCCUCGGGCGUCUGCCACACCGACCUCUCCUGCGCCGAUGGAACCCUCCCAGGCGCCCCGGGCGCCGUCCUCGGCCACGAAGGCGCCGGCGUCGUCCUCGAAGUAGGCUCGGCCGUCACCUCCGUGUCCCCAGGCGACAAGGUCCUCCUCUCCUUCUCCCACUGCGAGACCUGCGGGCCCUGCGUCUCGGGGCACCCGGCCUACUGCUACGACUUCAACCCGCGCAACUUUGGCGGCAAGCGCCCGGACGGUUCGAGCGCCGUGGUCGAAGCCGACGGGACGACCCCCGUGUUCAGCCAGUUUUUCGGCCAGAGCUCGUUUGCCCGCCACGCGCUCGUGCACAGGUCCAGCCUCGUCAAGGUCCCGCCCCAGACGAACACGAACCUGGCGCUCCUCGCCCCCCUGGGAUGCGGCGUGCAGACGGGCGCGGGGGCCGUGCUGAACACCCUCGACGCGCGGGAGGGGAGCACGCUGGCCGUGUUCGGCGUCGGGUCCGUGGGCAUGAGCGCCGUUCUCGCGGGGAAGAUGAGGAGGGCGAAGGCGAUCAUCGCGGUGGAUCUGCAGCCGGCCAGGCUCGAGCUCGCGAAACGGCUGGGUGCCACCCAUGCCAUCCUGGGCUCGGCGGACGUCGUGGGGGAGAUUCGGGAGAUUUGCCCCCCUGUCGGGGUGGACUUUGCUGUCGACUGUACCGGCAGUACGGCGGUCAUCAAGACUAUGAUUGACGCUCUUGGCACGAGGGGCAGAGGUGCUACGGCGGGGGCGCCAGGGUUUGGGUCUCACGUCAAUGUCGAUGUGAUGGAGCACCUUACCUAUGGUAAGGAGUAUGUUGGUUGCUGUGAAGGAGACAGCCUUCCUUCAAAGUUCAUUCCCUACUUGAUAGAGAUGCACGCAAAGGGCGAGCUGCCUCUAGAGGAGCUCAUCACGUUUUACGAUGUGAAGGAUUACGAGAAGGCCAUCGAGGAUAGCAAAAGCGGAAAGGCACUGAAGGCGGUAUUGAAAUGGCAAUGA